AUGAUCAAUGAUGUUCUUUUCAUUUCAUAUCAAAGCGAUAAUCAUGGAGGAAAGCUCUUAACUUUUAAGGCAAAAAAGAGCUUACCUCUAGCUUUUUCUCAAACAUUAACGAAUUUGUCAAGGAAAAUGAUUCUGUGUAAGAGAGAUUCAAGUACCUUGGUUGCUGUUCUUGUGGCUUGUGUGGUAUUGCUCUUUGGAGCUGUGAGCAGUCAACCGAGCCUUGAGCCUCGUUUUGCCUAUGUUGGAUUCAAUGAAAGGGAGCACAACCAAGACUUCUCCUUCACUCAAGGGUCGUCUUCCAUCGAUGAGGGCGCCCUGCAGCUAACUCCCGACUCGCAGAACGAUAUUGUUCGCCUUCAAAAUACGUCUGGCCGGAUUAUGUACCACCAGCCAUUCAAGUUAUGGCUAGAUGAAGAGGGAGAUGACAUUGUUGCUUCUUUCAACUCAUACUUUUACAUCAAUAUUUUCAGAAAGAAAGAAUGGAAUGCCGGUGAGGGGCUUACUUUUCUUAUAGCUCCGACUGCUGAUGUACCUGAUCAGAGCUGGGGGCAGUGGAUGGGCCUCACCAAUGCAACUACCGAUGGCAGCAGCACAAACCAAAUUGUAGCCAUUGAAUUUGAUACCCAGAAGCAGGAUUUCGACCCCGACGACAACCAUAUCGGUCUGAACGUCAACUCCAUUCGAUCAAGGAAGACUGUAUCCUUGAAUAAAGCUGGCAUAGUUUUAUCCCCAGAGAUUGGAACCAAUUACAGCAUCUGGGUUGUUUAUGAUGGAAUAUCCAAACUUUUGCAGGUUUACAUGUCUGCAAACAAAGAUCCAAAACCUGAUAAACCUCUUCUCAAUGAAACAAUAAACCUCAAACAGUAUGUGAAACAAGAAUCAUACAUUGGAUUUUCUGCUUCCACAGGCAGCCCGGAAAUUCAGUUGAACUGUGUCUUGGAAUGGAUGCUGGAUUUGGAACAUCUGCCAGAGAAGAAAAAUCUAAUUUGGUUGAAGAUCCUUGCCGGGGUUGGAAUCCCGAUACUAACGAUCGUGAUUCUGAUUGGGGUUUGGUUAUUUGUUGGUUAUAUGAAGAGGAGAAGAGUGAGCAGGGACGAGGAGUCGAAUGUUCAGGGCACGCUGAAGAGGUUGCCGGGAAUGCCGAGAGAGUUCAAGUACAAGGAACUACGGAAGGCGACUCAUAACUUCCAUGAAAGCAUGGUUCUGGGAAAUGGAGGCUUCGGGGUUGUUUACAAAGGGAUUCUAGAAGAAAAGGAUAAGGACUUCACUGCAUCAUCAAGUUCUGUUGCCAGGCUUGAAGUUGCUGUCAAGAAAUUCUCCAGGGACAGCAUUAAGAGCAAAGGCGAUUUUCUGGACGAGCUCACCAUUAUUCACCGUCUUCGCCACAGGAACCUCGUCCGUUUAGAAGGGUGGUGCUACGAGAAAGGGAAGCUUUUAUUAGUAUAUGAUUUCAUGCCUAAUGGAAGCCUUGAGAAUCACCUGUAUGACAUUGCCGACCAGAAUGUUCUCAACUGGAGACAUCGCUAUAAAAUCCUUGUAGGAGUUGCAUCCGCGUUGCAUUACCUGCAUAAUGAGUACGACCAGAAGGUAUUGCACCGAGAUAUCAAAUCAAGCAAUAUCUUACUCGACUCCGACUUCCAUGCUCGUCUAGGAGAUUUCGGCCUUGCGAGAGCGUUGGACCCUGAAAGAAACUCUUAUGCAGACCUCCAACAUGGAGGAGUUGCAGGCACAAUGGGUUAUGUUGCUCCUGAAUGCUUCCACGAAGGAAGGGCGACUCCAGAAUCCGACGUAUAUGGUUUUGGGGCAGUGGUGCUUGAGAUUGUUUGUGGCAGGAGACCAGGAGCUCCUGUGGAAGACGAGCAACAUCAAUAUACCUUAGUUGAUUGGGUGUGGAAGGUACACCGCGAAGGACAUAUCGAAAAAGCAGUCGAUAACCAGCUCGGUGAUGAUAUUGUCGUCGAUGAAGCUAGGAGGCUUCUACUACUUGGGUUGGCAUGUUCACAUCCCAUGGCAAGUGAACGGCCACAAACUCAGGAUAUACUCCAAAUUUUAAAUGGAGCUUUGCCUGCACCUCGUGUACCUCCAUUCAAGCCAGUCUUCAUGUGGCCUCCCAUGAUGAACACUACCUCCUCCACCAGUAACAAUCUCAGUUCACUGUCAAACACAAAUAACUCUCUUUGAUGAAGUUUCACCAUAGCUGGUCCUGUGCUUCAGUCCCUGCAACUUACAUCAUUAAAUUGGAGUAGACAACAUCAUUUGUUUAUUGUUUUUAUUAUUUUCACUAAGAUAUGUGGUGUGUAAUGUGAAUA